CUCUGAGGUCGCCGUCUAAAGAACUAGCUGGUUAUUAAAGGUCUCUGUAACGGCUGUCGGAUAGAUAUAUCGAGCAAUGUGCAUACUUCGAACUCCUUGUUUUGGAGUGAGAAAAAUGACAGCUGAGUGAUAAGGAAAUCCAUGGGUAAUUCGCAUUCUCAAUCUGUAUCUCGCUUUACUCCAUCACUUUUGAACGGUCAUCAGAAGGAAGGACGAGGAAAGAAACUCAGCGUUGCCAAAUUUGCCAGCCCUGAAAAUCGCGUUCUCCCAGCCCCUACCAAUGGAUCACAAAGAUUACGUAGUACAGACAAUGGAAAUAUUCUUCAGAACGGUGGGACGAUCAGUGGAAGAAAGGUCCCCUCUUCCACGCCGGAAACGGAAUUUGUCCAACUCCUCCAGAAAAAAUGUCACUCCUUACAGCCUACAACCGAGAAAACGUCCUUCCAAACAAUGUACGGUCAUCGGAAAUCGCACAGCGACCCGGACAUAGUCCGAAUGAUGAUGAAUGAAAAUGACAACGAUUCCGAGGAAGAGGAAUCAGAUCCAGAUGACAGAGGUGACCAAGAAGGAAAUUUUUGCAAACGGAGUAUUAUCGCAGUAAGUCCUAGCAAAGCAAAAAUCAAAUCGAGAAAGAAAAAGCGUGCACCUGAACCUCCACAAUCCAACACUUUGCCCAGAACUUUAGGUAGAUCCCCGUCCCAUUAUAAAGAGGAAACUCAGAGACCUAACAGUUCCCAUUCUCACUACGAUAACAAUGAUACACCAAGAAGACCUCUACCUCCAAUUCCUCCAGAAGAAAUGCCUCCUCCUCCACCACCUCCUCCUCCUGAUUACAACAGAGGUAAUGAUGACAGCAGAAAUUCUAGAGCUCAGAGCAAAAGUUAUGAAAAAAACAGACGUACUGUAGACAAAUGGAAAUUUACAAAGCAACCUCCAGAGAAUGCCGUGGAUAAAUUUCCCAGGCAGAGAUGCAAAUCUCUAGACAGAUGUGAAGAACAAAGGCUAAGAGAGUGUGCUGAAAACAGAAAUGAUAGAUGUUAUAGAAAUAAUAGCUUACGCCGUGCCAACCAUGUGUCUGACGGAUACAACGUGUCUCGUAAUGGAAAUGAAACGAAAUUAAUUGGUCCGGCUUUGAAAGAUGCCAUUGCUGAGGCCGCCAAGAAAAGAUGUGAAAGAUUAGAAAGAGGGCAAGAAUGUCGAAAUUCCUCUUUUAAAUUAUCCAUGAAACACCCAAGAGAUAUCAGUGCAUUUAAAGAUCAAGGGCGGAAUGAAACUAUUGCAGUGGACAGUACUCCACCACACAGUCAUAGAGCUCCUCCACCGUAUAAUCAUAGAAAUUCUCCGGAUCAACAGAAUAUAAGAUAUGAUAAGUAUGGACAAGGGCCAGAGAGAUCAAGUGCAGAGCAUUCAAAUUCCCAAAAUUUUAUAAGGAAAGCGCCGAUCUACAAAAGGACUUCCGAAAGCUGGAAAGAAUAUCGCAUUGAAUGUUCAACUAGAAGUUAUGAACGGCAAGUACAAACAGAACUGAAGUCUCAUAAUGAUAGUGAAAUAAUAUAUCCUGAGCCUAGUAGUAGACUUAAUAAAUGGGAUUCAAUUAUACAAGAACCAAUUCCAACAAUGCUUCCAGAAGGAGCCGUUUCUGUUUCUUCAGCCUCAGAGGAAGAAAUGGAAAUAGAUCUUCAACUUCGUCCUACAUUACCUCGAAGGCCUGUAGAAUUAUCACGGUUUUCACCAACAGAUGUAUGGAAAUCUAUAAAUUUAGAUUUUUUCAAAUCUCAUCAGCAGAGAUCGGAUGUAAGUAGUGAUGAUGCUGAUGACAUAAUGGAAGAAAAGAUAUGUCGAAUAAAUAGACCUGUUGCGCCUAGAAGACUUAUUCAAGAUCGUAGUGGCGAUUCAGGUAUCUCACCAGAUGCAGGAAGUCCAAUGCUACUUAAUGAAAGUUAUGAUGCGCUUUUGAUGAACAAUAAUGUUAUGUGCAAUACUCCAUCAGCACCAUUGUUAGUGGAGGAAACUAGCGCUUUGUGGAUUCCUCAGCAUGAUCUUGCUGAUGAUAGCGAAUGUGGAACUGAUGAUUCACCAGUAGAAAAUAGAAACAAUUCACCCGGCAGGCACAAAAUUAGUGCACAAGCAAAAUUUUCAAUGCCAAAUUUAAUGUUCCCUUCUAGAUCACUACCAAGGACUGACCAAAGAAAUGGCAUUGAUGAACAGAUAGUUACUGAUAAAGAAAAAAAUAGAAGCAAAGGGAGGAGAAAGAAAAGUUACAAAAAUGCAGAAGGUCAGCAUUUUAACAGCCUGAGAAAUUUGAAGAAGGCUUUAGGUUUACGGUUAAAAGCUCCUGUGGAUGAAAGUAAAGGUUUAGAUCCUAAUUGGUCUUUAAGUCGAAGUCUCCCUAAUUUUAUUAAUAACUUAAAUGUGGAAAGUAAUGCCAAAACUGAGAAUGAAUCGCCUGAAUUGUAUAUAUUAGAUCAUAUCCGAAGAAGCAAUUCUGAAUCGAAAGCUGUUCAUCAAGAACGAAUGCGAAAUAAGUUGACAACAGCUCACAGCAGCAAUAAUAUUAACACUGAAUGGAGAAAAUCUUUUCCUUAUCAAUCUACUGAAGGUCAUGUUAUUUAUCUUCCAGAAUACAGGACAAAUACCACACCUCCAAAACCAAAAACGCCUCCUGUUGAAGAUAUUCAUGUUAAUACAGAUAGUGAAUUAGUUAUCAAGAAACCAAGUGGUCGGAAGAAAUUUUCUUAUCAAAGCACCGUUAGACAGGAAGAAAAAAAGAAAUUGGAAGAAAAAUUAGCUCGAGAAGCAGAGGCAAGAGAGCGAAAAAGACAGCAAGAAAUUGAAUGGAUGAACCAAGUAGAGGAAGAAUUUCGAAAACAAAGAGAUAAAGAGAAAAUUAAUAUCAGACACCAAUUACGUAUAUUAAAUUUACAAGAGAAGUCUCAAUCGAAUGAGACUGGAUUCAACAAAUCACCUAAACAUGAUAUUACUGAAUUCGCUGAUAAUUUACCGAAAAUUAAACCAAAUGUGCAAUAUGGUGGUUUUCCAGAACCAGGUGAUGGCAAAGUGCAAUCUUUCAGAAACGGGCAAGAUGUUAUGGAAGAGUCCAAUAAAUGGCAGCAACCAACUGGUAUGAAAAAAUGGUUGAAACGUCAGAGUAGGGAUUACCAAGGUUUGAGUCCAACUAGACCUGAACCAGAAGGAGGACGGUCCUCCAGCGAUGACUGCAAACAGAUGGACGGAAAAAACCAUGACUCAUCAGAAAGAUCGAGUGCUCAUAACAAUUUUUAUAAAAGCGGAAGGCCCAAGUGCAUUCAUGGUAAUGAAGCUCAUUGCAGCCUUUGCAACAAUAAUUUCGUCUCCAAAGCGUAUGAGCUUUCAAGAAAAGAAAGCCAGAAAGUGUCUCCACCAAAUGAUACCAAAUUGUCUUCUAUUUCCAAGUCGAUGAUUUCGAAGGCAGUUGAAUCACAGAAAUGCAUUAGAGAUCAGUUGCAUUCUAACAAACAGAAUACACACGAUAACGGAAUAAAACAGAAUGGCACAGGUCUAGCAUCAGAUCUGAAUGAGACUAACUUUCUUGAGGACUCGAUGGAAGAAUAUGAACUGCAUACGAAGCUCUGCAGAACAAACAGCGGUCGCACUUUUGAAUCCCAUUCCUACUACGCCAUAGAAAGAAGAAAAGAAGAUUCACCUGAUUAUGAUCCCGUUCGGAAAAUGGACUCUGAAAGAGCAUCUUCAAAUCUCUUUUCCACUUCUCAUUUUCAAAAGGAACUGAAAGAAAAUGUUCGCAAAAAGGCGAGAGAUUUCGAGAAAAGGACCCGAAAGUUUCAAUCAUGUGAUUAUGACAGCGACGACAGCGGAAGUGAUGUUAGAGAAGUACGCCACCAAAGACCGCAAAAUGGCAGAAAUCAAAGGAAGAAAUUUUCAGGAGAAUCAAGAGAACCUUCCUUUUCAAGAAAUCAUCCUCACAGAAAUGCAGCCAGGGUGAAGUCACAAAUGAAUGGGCAUAUUCCAAAUGGAAGGUUGCCUUCUUACCCUAAGAGUCCUAACAACCGUGCCAUAAUGACUCAGCAGAGAAUUCCCACUUGCUAGGAGUGAAUCCUAAAGAACAACUAUGUACAAAGGUUAUAGUUGGUGGCAAACAAAUUUCAAUAUACAAAUUAUUCCAUUUUACUUAUAUAUUGAUAAACAAAUAUUAAAGAAUAAAUAUAUAAUGUUCUGUUUUUGAAAUUAUUUAAGUGUAUUUGGAUGAAAAUAACUAUAUUCUGUGUGAAUGUGGAUGCUUCAAAUUCGUCCUUCAUAUUGUGACAUAUUUUAUUGAAACACAAAUAUUUUAACAUGUUGAGCUGUGCAUCUUUUCUUUUAUAGAAGCAAAAAUUGCCAUUUCAUAAUUUCAAGAAAAGGAAGGAAUUUUAUUAAUGAUUUUUUCUUGGUAUAUCACUUGCAUAGAUAAUAAACAAUAUUUAGAUUUCGGUGCAAUAUUUGAAUAAAGAAAUAAUAUAUAUAUACAUAAUGAACUGAUGGAUGGAAUGCUUUCAAAUCCUUGACUACAUUGACCUCACUAUAUCUAAAGAAUUUUCUUUCUUACUUUUGUUUAGUAAAUGAUUGAGAAUGCCAUAAACGGUUGACUCAUAAAUGUAUCGUUAUUAGUGAAUAUAAUUAAGUAUAUCUGGAUGAAAACAUUUGUAUAUUUUUGUUUUAAUGUUGGUACUUCAAAUUCGUCCGUCAUUUUGUGACAUAAUCUAUCGACACACAAAUUUUUUCACUUGCUGAACUGUAAUCUUUUCUUUUAAUGAAUCAAAAAUUGUCAUUUCAUAAUUUAAAGAAAAAGGAGAAUGUUAUUAAUUGGUGUUUCUUGGUAUAUCACUUGUAUAGAUAAUAAACAACAUUUGAAUU